AGUAAAUCUUUACAAGGGCCUAAUUUAAUGCACAUGAUAUUUUCAUCAUCACACCUGUCAAUAGACCCACUAAAUUCGAAUAUUCUAAAGAGGGGGAUUUAAUAGAGAGGGGGCUUAAUUGAGAGGGGGCGUUGUAGAGCUUUUACGGUAUUUGUAAAUAGAGACAGUUAUUGAGAGAAAGGAAAUCUUUGAGAAGGAUAGAAAGAAAGGAAUGCGCUAUUCUCCCCUCUCUUCCUAGAAAUUUUGAUAUGGCAGGUUUUAAAAUACAUCAUUACGUAAAACGCGGGAGAGACUUGGCUUGUGAUCACUGAUCAGUGGCAAGGCAACAACCUCGAGUACGAUCUUGCUCUGUGAAGGAGGCCAGAGGGGUGUACAUCAAAAUGGCGGCAAGAUCGAGAUCCAUGCUUCUUGCUCUCGUGCAGUUGAAGGUAACUGGAAAUAAAGCAGAGAAUCUGAAAAAUGCUCACUCAUUGAUAAAACAAGCUGCAGAUAAUGGUGCAAAACUAAUUUCUUUGCCAGAGUGCUUUAAUUCCCCAUAUGGAACUCAAUACUUUGCUGACUAUGCAGAGCCAAUUCCUGGGGAGACAUCCAAUACUUUAUCAAAAAUUGCCAAAGACUUGCAAGUUCAUCUCAUCGGUGGCUCAAUACCUGAAACACGUGGUGAUAAAAUCUACAAUACAACAACAGUAUUUGGGCCAGAUGGCACACUUAUUGGUACAUACAGUAAGAUGCAUCUCUUUGACAUUAAUGUACCUGGAAAAAUGGUUUUCAAGGAAUCAGAAAUUCUUUCACCUGGAAAUAAUUUGUUUACAUUUCAAGUUGGACCCUUAAAGGUUGGCCUUGGUAUAUGCUAUGACAUGAGAUUUCCAGAGCUUGCCCAUUUGUAUGAUAAACAAGGUUGCAAUCUAUUGAUAUACCCUGGUGCUUUCAACAUGACCACGGGACCUGCACAUUGGCACUCUCUUGUCACUGCCAGGGCUUUGGACAAUCAGCUCUAUGUUGCUGGUUGCAGCCCUGCUAGAGACGAGAGCGCCACCUACGUAGCUUGGGGACACAGCACAGUCGUUGACCCCUGGGGAAAGGCUAUAGCCUCAGCAGCUGAGAAAGAGGAUGUCAUCUAUGCAGAAAUAGAUGCUGAUUACGUUGAUACGAUUCGCAAUCAAAUCCCAACUCAUUUUCAGAAAAGGAAGGAUAUUUAUCAAGUUAAUAAUCUUCUGGAAUCGUGAACAACUAUUAAUGAAUUUGUUGAAUGAGAAUUUAUGAAU